GACAGUGCUGGCAGUAGUUAAUCAUCAAGGCUCUCGUUUUUUAUGCAAGCGUGGGUAUAAAGGCAGGAGCUUUGCAAUUGCAAACCCUUUCAAUUUGUCUCUCAUGUACAAGAAUUCUUGUUGUUCUCUCUAAACACAACAUCCAAAAAUCCUUCUGUAGAGUUCGUGGGUUUGGCAGCGUAUAUAGCCUCUCUGAGGUGAAAAGCUGAAGGAUUUUGAACAUAACAGAGCUCAAAUUCAAUUAAAGUGUGUUGUUUUCCGAGUGAAAAGGGCUUGAAUGGAGGACAGAGUACUAAAAGUAGCACAGAAUCUCAAAUGGGUCUCUUUCUCUUGCCACUUUUAGUUGGGUUUCUCGAUAUUUCUUUCAGAGGUGGGUUCUGCUAGCUCUGACUAGGGUUUUGAAUGGAGUAUUUAUAGUACUGAAAUCAAUACUCUUUGUUUAGUUAAUUGGCUGCUUCUCUUGAGACUUUCUCAUAUCUCUUGCCUGAACUUCUUUUAUCUGUGCUAUCUUUGUCCUCUGGGGCGGCAUUCCCUUUUGGUACUUCACUCUCAUUUAGUAGCUUUGGAAAUGGUGGCAAUUAUCAUUGUUUGAUCCCUGUUUCAUGUUUUACUACCUGGGUGUUUUUUUGAUUUAGUUUGUUUGCGAAGCCCAUUAAUUGAUGUGGGUCUUUGUCACUUGUUAGUUCCAACAUUUUUCAUUGGCUUCAACCACUUGAACUAUUUCGUUCUUUGUUUGGUUUGAUAAAAUACUUUAAAAGUACUAUUGGGUAUCUUGUGAUCAGAGUCUCAGAGGCAGCUGAAGCUUGUUUGUGAAGUUGUAGUGAAGCAUCUAGCUGGAUACUUGAGUGUGUUCUAUUUUUUUCCCUUGAUUUUUCUCUCAAUUUAGGUGUUUUGGGUUUUUCCAUUGUUGGCUUAUCUAACUGGGGAAUUAGGAUUCUUUGAGGGAUGUUCUCUUCUGAACAUUCAAUUCCAUUUACCAUUGCCAUGUAGAAAAAUUUUCGAUAGAAUCCCAAGAGAAGGUACCGAUUAUUGGCUAAUUUUGACAUUGCUGCCUAAGAAAGAUGGAUGUGAGUGAUAAGGAUAAUUUGGGGCCAGAGAAGAGGGAUGGUAAUUCUACAAACUAUCAGUCACCUAAUCUGCCCUCUGAUGGGGGAUUCGAUGGCGCUAAUCUUUCAAAUACAACUUUGGGUUUAGUUCCGGCUGAUAAUCCCAUGUCAGUCUGCAGAGAAGAUCUUAUUGGACCUUCCUGUUCCUCUGCUUCAGUGCCAGAUUCAUUUGGGCAAACCCUUUGGGAGCAUCCUACCUUCUCACAAAAUCUGGGAUUCUGUGACAUUAACGUCCCAAUCAAUGCAAACCAGUCAAAUACAAUGGGAACUGGAAGAGCAGGUCCUGCCAUUUUUAGAAGUGGUGUUGAUGGAACACUAGAUAUGGACUGGAACGAGCCAAAUUCAGUGUUGAGAGGGGGCAUGUUCCUACCAAAUGCUCCUGGGAUGCUCCCGCAAAGCUUGUCUCAGUUUCCUGCUGAUUCUGCCAGGUUUUCCUGUUUCAAUGGUGGGAAUCUUAAUGAUAUGAUGAGCCCUUUUGGCAUUCCAAAUUCUAUGGGUGUCAAUUCUCGGGGCAGGGGUUUGAUGCAAGGACCACUAGAUGUUUUCUCAGGUGGUGGGUUCAAAUCAGUAUCUUGUAUUAAUCCUCAGAAGAAUGAACCAAAUGUGAAUGAAGCUCCCAAGUACACGUUUUUAUCUGCCAACCACGGUAUUACUGAGGGGAGUCCACUCAAGAAUGAUAGAAGUAGUGAAAGCCUAGAUAGAUCCCAUGACAAAGCAAAACAAGGUGUUGCUGGGUCAGGUAAUGAUUCUGAUGAAGCUGAAUUCAGUGGUGAAGGUGGUCAAGAGGAGGCAACAAUGUUGGAGGGUGCAGCUGGAGAAGCGUCUGCCCAGAGAAUCAGCGCAAGGAAGAGGAAAAGAAGUUGGCAGGAUAUGGAGCUUGAUCAACCCAGGGGAGUCCAACAAACUCUUGAAACUAGGAAGGGUAACUCCGAAAUUCAACAGAAGGGAGACCAAAAUCCUACUUUAACUAGCUGUAAGACUGCUGGGAAAAAUGGUAAACAGGGAUCUCAAGCAUCAGAUCCGCCUAAAGAGGAAUAUAUUCAUGUCAGAGCUCGAAGAGGCGAAGCAACAAAUAGCCACAGCCUUGCUGAAAGAGUAAGAAGGGAAAAGAUAAGUGAGAGGAUGCAAUUUCUUCAAGACCUUGUACCUGGUUGCAGCAAGGUCACUGGCAAGGCAGUGAUACUGGAUGAAAUUAUUAACUAUGUGCAAUCACUGCAGAGGCAAGUUGAGUUCUUGUCAAUGAAACUUGGAACUUUGAAUCCAGGACUCGACUUCAGUUUAGAAGGGCUUCUGGCCAAGGAUCAGAUCCUUCAGUCACAAGCUGGUCCUUCUUCGACUUUAGGAUGUCUUCUAGAUAUGCAAAUGUCUUAUCCUCCUCUACAUCCAUCUCAACCAGGGCUUAUUCAAUCUGCUCUCCAUGGCAAUCCUUCUGACAUACUGAGGAGAGCCAUCAAUUCCCAAUCAGUAUCCAUGACUGGAGCAAUCAAGGAGUCCACUCAGCCCAAUGUAUGGGAUGACGAGCUCCACAAUGUUGUCCAGAUGAGUUUAGCAGCCAGUGAUCCCUCAGAUAGUCAAGAUGUAAAUGGGGAUUUAUCAUCAUCUAGCCAUAUGAAAAUCGAACAAUGAUCGUUCAUUUUGCUCUCAAUCUGAUACAGCAUUGAUCGCAGCCACCCUUGUUCGGCCUACUAUCUUAUUCAUGAUGUUCUCUCUUUUGGUGGUUGAGGCUACAGUGCUACACAUACAUACACGUCCAUUCUCAUGGAUUAAGCAAUUACAGGAAACAGAACAGAGCCAGUUUCAACUGUUUCGGGUUUAUUUAAACUUUCCGGGGGGGAGAAGACAAAGACUUCAGAUUGAGUGUAGCGAGGAUUCUCAGAUAUGUACAGUUACAGCAACCUCCAUGUCUUAUUGUUUUGAGCAUUUGCAGACGACUCAUGGCAGUAGAUUUCUUCAUGAUUCUUGAGACAGAAUGUAUGGAGUAGGAUGUGUUAAGGUCACAUAUGACAAUGUACCACAUCAUCUGCUACGGAUGUGCCAUGUAAUUUACAGAGACGUUGCCGGGAACCAUCACAGUGUUGUAAUGAUUAUUUGCUGAUGCUUUGGUGCCCGAUAGGCCAUCACCUUGAUUAUGAAACCAAAAUAUUCUAUAGAAUGUUUUGUACAAAAGUGAUGUCAAAAGUGU